AUGAUAGAAGAGACUACCAACAAGGUGAAGUUGAUUCAAGAGCGUAUGAAAGCAGCUCAGGAUCGACAAAAAUCGCAUGCCAAUCAAAGGAGACUAGAUUUGGAGUUUGCAAUUGGAGAGAAAGUGUUGCUGAAAAUUUCACCAACCAAGGGAGUAAUGAGGUUCACUAGGAAAGCAAAACUAAGUCCUCGUUAUAUUGGACCUUAUGAGAUAUUGGAAACAAUUGGACAAGUGGCUUAUAGGUUAGCCUUACCUACAAAAUUAGCUAAGGUUCAUAAUGUUUUUCAUGUGUCUCAACUUCGUAAAUACAUCUCUGGCCCUUCCCAUGUCCAACCUAAAACCAUUGAACUAGAUGAGACCCUCACUUUUGAGGAACGUCCUGUUAGAAUCCUUGAUUCCAAAACGAGAAAUACUCAAAACAACGAUAAAGUUAGUCAAGGUUUUAUGGUCUAA